CGGUAGGAGGCGCGGCCACAUUGAAAGACACACAAGCGACUAAAAAGCACGAAGAACUAAUUGCGCCGGAAGUCAGAGAAGCGGGAGAUUGGAAAACGUAAACAGAGUAAACAACCUUGUGAAUUGCAGCCGGAGCAUUCACAAAAAUGCUGAAAAAGCCGCCGAAGCUAAAAAGCACCAUGAGGUCUAAAGCCAGGGGGAACGUGAACAUCACAGCGGACUCGGAGGCGUUGAUUGAACUACUUACACUACUGUUCUUCAGCAGCCUGGCUGAAGAGGCGAAGGCCAAGGCGUUUGAGGAGAAAUCUGCAACAAUCAGAGCUCACCAUGUCAAAGCAGUGACUAAGAAAGUGCUAAAAAAGGCAAGAGGAUGAAGAAGACGAGGAGUAUCGUGAAGAACUUCUUCAUAAAAGUCUUUUCAUGCUUUUAUUUUAUUUUUUUAAAUCUCUCUUGCUAAAAUGUUCUUUAUUUCCCUAUUUACUCUGUCUUCGUGUGGGUUUUCUGCUUUUUAACUUGUAUUCUGGCUCUCAGUUGAGUUUUCUUUCCUCUCUCUCCGUCUCACAGCUAUAAUCCAGACGAUUCCAGAAUAAUUUCAUAAUAUCUGAGCUUAUUUAUGACAUGAAACAGGCUUGUGUUUAGGGGCUUCUUCACAGCGCGUUAGUGCUCGACAUCCGCUCGGCUCUCGUCUCGCUCUCCCGCUCAUCCGUCAUGGUUUCUGUCUUCAGCUGCACGCUUCACGGCCCCCUUCGAAUUCCUCGCUUCGUCACGGCACACAGAAUAUCUGCACCAUCAGAUGAUAUCCUGCUAAUUCCUUAUCACCACUGAUCAGAUGCCAUUCACAAAAGGAAAGGUCAAAGUAAAGACAAAUCUUUUCAGUGUUGCUUGUUAUAUGAAAUAGCAGUUUUUUUUAAUUAUUAUUAUUAUAAUUUUUUAUUUAUGGGUCAUUUUGCAAACGCACCAAGUUCUGUUAAAGUGAUUGUGUCAAACAUUCCCGUGUUCAUGUUUUGUAGGACCCAUUUCAGCUGUGAUCUGAGAUGUUAUAUGAUACAUCAACACAGAAUAGUGCUUUAUUUUGUGAAGUGGAAAGAAAAUUCUGAAUGUUUUUGUUUUAUUUUCAAUAAAUAAUCUGUAAAGUCUGAUCUAUA